AUGGCAGCAAGUCGAAAACCGCGGGCGGCGGGCCCCCAAGUACCCACGACUACACUCGUACUCGACAAUGGCGCCGAUACCAUAAAGGCCGGUCUUGUUUCUGCGGGCGGCGCCACUGAAUCGCCGCGCAUUAUCCCCAAUUGCCUUGCGCGAGACCGUCACCGAAAGACGUACGUUGGGUCCGAGCUAGAGAAAUGCAGAGACUUCGGCGAAAUUGCCUUUCGGCGACCGGUUGAAAAGGGGUUUGUCGUGAGCUGGGAGGCACAAAAGGAGAUCUGGGAUCGGGAGUUCUUCGACGACAAAGCCACGCAGCGAUGCGACCCGACGGAGACUAGGCUGGUGCUCGCGGAACAGCCAAACGCCCUCCCCGCGUUACAGACACAUUGCGACCAGAUGGUGUUUGAAGAGUUUGGUUUUGCCAGCUACUACAGGGGAAUUGGCCCCGCAUUCAACGCAUACCAGGACGUCCAGGCCAUUUUCCACACACCAAGGACACCAGAGGCCCCCGUGGACGUACCCGCCGAAGUUCUUCUCGUGAUCGAUUCUGGGUAUUCGCACACCACUGUUACCCCGGUCAUCCAAGGCCGGCCCUUACAUCGGGCGGUUCGUCGGCUUGAUGUUGGAGGGAGGCUGAUGACCAACUAUCUCACUCGCCUGCUCUCCUUGCGUCAUUUUGAUAUGCGCAACGACACCUACAUUGUCAAUGAGAUGAAAGAAGCCGUUUCUUACGUAUCGUUGGACUUCAAGAGCGACCUGGAAAAGACAUGGAAGGGGACGCGCGGAGAGCGCCGUGAAGAGUAUUUGAGCGGUGCCGGCAUCGCCAAGGACUACGUCCUCCCCAAUUCGCACAGCACCUUCCAUGGUGUCGUGCGGGAUUACGACCCGAGCUUGUCCGCCCGGGCCCGCAAAGCGGCGAUGGCUACCGAGGACAUCUUAACACUGCGCAAUGAACGCUUCGUGGUCCCUGAGCUAUUGUUCAACCCAUCCGAUAUUAAUCUACGUCAACCCGGGCUAGCUGACCUGGUGAUGCAGUCAUUGUCAGUGCUACCCAUUGGCCUUUGGCCGGGGCUUUUGGCGAAUAUCGUCGUGGUUGGCGGCAAUGUGAACAUAGAGAAUUUCAUCCAACGGCUUCAGAUGGAACUAUUGGAACGGGUACCAGAUGAAUGCGUCGCCGAGAUGGACAUCUCUGGUGACGAGGCCGGGUCUGACGGGGAGCCGUCCAUCAAGCGCGCUCGUGUCGGCAUGGAACGCUCGGAAUCAGACAACAAAGCCCCGAAAUGGUCAAACCCCGACCCUUACACGGCCCUCCCUCCGGAAUCCUCAACGCAGGGGAAAAAGAGGGAUGUUGUCCGGAUGAUCCGCAAGUCUCGCGUCCAAGAAACAGAGACCAGGGCCUCUCUUCCAUCAGAGACCGCGGACUUCAUAUCAUUUGAUACCGAAAGUGAGCAUAGUGGCGAUGAUCUCGACCAUGGCGAGGAGCCCUUGUCCGCCACAACAGCACGGGACCUACAGCUCCCUCCAAAACCCUCCGCACUGCCUGCCAAACCCUUGGUGAUUGCAGAUCCGGACCACAGGCCCGCCAUCCUUCCUGAUCCCUUAUCCUCUGCUCUCGGGAGCCGAAAGCGGACACAUGAUGAUGAGAUCAAGAUGCCACACGCAAAGUUUCGGAAAGUGACCAAACUUCGUUCCGGUGGUGCAAUCACAAAUGAGUGGCUGCCGGAUCCUGAACUAGAUUCAACGCCUUGGAUGAAGACGGAUCACUCCGCCUCCGCCAGCAUGGCCGUCUGGCUGCACAAGGAGGUCGUAGACUUUUAUGACUACAUCAAGCCUCGUGAUUUCGAGGAGCGUCUUCGGCACGAGGUGGUGCAAGAGCUGAAAGGUUUCUGCCGCCAAAUAUAUCGGGAUGCCGAAGUGUAUUGCUUUGGCUCAUUCCCUUCUGGUCUUUAUCUGCCCACAGCCGAUAUGGACAUGGCCUUCAUGUCCGAUGGAUACGCCAACGGCGGCAUGGCAAAGUAUUGCACCAAGUCAUUCCUUUUUCGGUUCAGAUCGCAAUUAAUUGCGCGUAACAUGACCUGGCAAAACGAGAUCGAGGUCAUCUCCGGCGCAAAGGUGCCGCUGGUCAAGUUCAUCGAGCGUAAAACAGGUCUCAAGAUUGAUGUGUCGUUUGAGAACGAUACUGGUGUCAAAGCCAUCCACACAUUCAAGGCGUGGAGGGCUCAAUAUCCUGGCAUGCCAGCUUUGGUCACGCUCAUCAAGCAUUUUCUCCUGAUGCGUGGCUUGAAUGAGCCCGUCAACGGGGGGAUUGGCGGGUUUUCCGUCAUUUGUCUCGUGGUGAGCAUGUUGCAGAUGAUGCCAGAGGUACAAAGCCGGAACCUUGACACGAGACAUCAUCUUGGGCAACUUCUCCUUCAAUUUUUUGAUCUUUAUGGGAACAAGUUCAACUACCAAACGGUUGCCAUUAGCCUAGAUCCGCCGCGCUACAUUCCUAAGCACCAAGUUACGGACUUUGCUUACAAGAACCACGAUCGUCUUUCCAUCAUCGACCCGAACAACUCUGCCAACGACAUUUCGGGCGGCUCCAGCAAUACCGGCACCAUUCUGUCACAUUUCGCACGGGCUCAUGAAGACCUGACGGAACGUAUGGCGCAGCUAGCCCAAGACCCGCGCAAUGCGAGCCAGAGCAUUCUGGAAGUGAUCAUGGGCGGGAACUAUUCCAGCUUUGAGACCCAACGCAAUUACCUUGAACUGCUGUCCAAGGAGGGGUAUCGGCCGCCGACACGCCCGUCCAACGAUCCGUCAGACCGUGACCGUGAUCGUGAUCGCGGCAAUCGAUCAUCACGGGGUCAGCCGCCUGCCACCGGGCCGUCCCAUGGCCGGAACAGUGGAUACCGCAGACGGAAAUGA